CCUCGUCGGCCAUGGAGACGCGCACCUCGCCCUUCCUGCCGGCGCUGCAGCUCAGCGUCGCCCUCUUCGCCACCGCGCCCGACGCGGCAGCAGCGCUGCACGCGGCGCUGCUCGGCGCGGCAAAGGCGGCGCCCGAGGCGCAGGCGCGCAUGCGCUACGCCUGCCUCGACGCAAGCACGCUCGUCUCGCGCGCCCACAUCGACGUCGCGCUCGACGCCGCCGCACUGGCGCUGGCGCACGGCACACAGCGCUGCCACACGCGCGAGGCAGAGGUCGUGUUCCGCAUCGCCGCCGGCAACAAUAUCGGCGACGCUCUGCGCACCUUUGGCCUCUCGCCGACGUCGACGCACGUGCUGCUCGUGCACCUCGGGCCCGCGCCCGCGGACGGCGGGCGCAGCGCCGACGCCCAGCUGGCACACAUGCAGGCGCUGCUGCCCGGCGCCGAGCUGCUGCCGCUCGAGCAGCUGGGCGCGCCGCACAUCGUCGACUGGGCACGCGUGCGCAAGGCGUACAAGCUGCGCGACCUCGGCGCGGGCAGCGACACGAACGACGCGGCGCUGCAGCGGCGGAUACGGGCGCGCGAGAUCGAUUGCGUCGUCGGCGCCGUGGCGUGCAAGGCCGUCAUGUGAUACAGCAGCGGGACGGGGAUAAUUAGAGACGUGUCACAGUAGAUAGAGGAAGGGCAGGAGGGAGGUCCAGGCAGGCAGCACACUGCGCGCUCAGGCGCGCGGCUUGAAGGAGACGUGGUAC